UUCAGGGAUCCCGGCUACACAAAGACAGCCGCCUGGGAAAAGUGUGAGAAGUCAAUGUUUGUGUGUCAUGUGACUCGGAGUUGACGUCUAGCUGCUUUGCUCGUGCUCGUCUGUGCUCGCCAGUCCACCUGCUGGAGAUCAAUUGUCCGUCAUGGUCAACCAAGUUCAGCGAGCCGACGGCAGCUGGCAGUCGUGCAAGAGUGACUCCAGCGGGGCGGGCACCAGCGGCGGCGAGAGUUCCAAGGAAAGUUCUCGCUGUUCCACGCCGGUGCUGGACGCCGACCGUUCGGACCGGCUUCGGGACAAGAUGAGGAGGAGGACGGAGUCCGGGGACCACUGGUUCUCCCUGGAAUUCUUCCCUCCGAGAACGGCCAGCGGCGCUGUCAAUCUCAUAUCCAGGUUUGACCGUAUGGGCUCCGGGGGGCCGCUCUUCAUCGACAUUACCUGGCAUCCGGCGGGAGACCCGGGUUCGGACAAGGAAACGUCCUCCAUGAUGAUCGCCAGCACGGCGGUCAACUACUGCGGCCUGGAGAGCAUCCUGCACCUCACCUGCUGCAACCAGACCAGCCAGAAGAUCUCCGGCUACCUGGCCAAGGCCAAGCACCUGGGCCUGAAAAACAUCAUGGCGCUGAGAGGAGACCCUGUGGGCACGGACUGGGAGGAGGAGGAAGGAUGCUUCAACUACGCCAUAGACCUGGUCAAACACAUCCGCUCCCAGUUUGACGACUACUUUGACAUCUGCGUGGCAGGCUACCCCACUGGACACCCUGAGGCGGGGAGCUACCAGGAGGAUCUGCAACACCUGAAGGAGAAGGUGGACGCAGGAGCCAACUUUGUCAUCACGCAACUUUUCUUCCGGGCCGAAACUUAUCUGAAAUUCCUCGACGACUGUCGGGCGCUGGGGAUCACCUGUCCCAUUCUGCCCGGGAUCUUCCCCAUCCAGGGCUACCAGUCCCUGCGUCAGCUGGUCAAGUUGUCCAAGCUGGAGGUGCCGGAGGAGAUCACCAAAGUCAUCGAGCCCAUCAAGGACAACGACGCGGCCAUCCGUAACUACGGCAUCCAGCAGGCGGUGGAGAUGUGCCGAGUGCUGCUGCAGAGCGGCAAGGUGCCCGGUCUGCACUUCUACACCCUGAACAGGGAGGUGGCCACCAUGGAAGUCCUCAGGCAGCUGGGACUGUGGAUAGAAGACCCCAGGCGACCUCUUCCCUGGGCGGUGAGCGCACACCCCAAGAGGAAGGUGGAGGAUGUGCGACCCAUCUUCUGGGCAUCCAGACCCAAGAGCUACAUCUACAGAACCCAGGACUGGGACGAGUUCCCUAACGGCAGAUGGGGGAACUCUUCGUCCCCGGCCUUUGGGGAGUUAAACGACUACUACUUAUUCUACUUGAAGAGCAAGUCGUCCAAAGAGGCCCUGCUGCAGAUGUGGGGCGAGGAGCUGAAGAACGAGCAAAGCGUGUUUGAGGUCUUCACCGGCUACCUCACAGGCCAGCCCAACCUCAAAGGACACAAGGUCAUGUGUUUGCCGUGGAACGACGAGCCUCUGGCCCAAGAAACCAACCUGCUGAAGGAGGAGCUGGAGAAGGUGAACAGACGAGGCGUCCUCACCAUCAACUCCCAGCCCCGGAUCAACGGCAAACCCUCCACCGACCCCAUAGUGGGCUGGGGACCUCCCGGAGGUUACGUCUUCCAGAAAGCCUACCUGGAGUUCUUCACCUCCAGUGAAAAUGUGGACGCGCUCCUCAAAGUUCUCAAGAAGUACGAACCCCGUGUCAACUACCACAUUGUCAACGUGCACGGCCACACCCUCACCAACGCCCCCGACAUGCAGCCUAACGCCGUGACCUGGGGCAUCUUCCCGGGCAGGGAGAUAGUCCAGCCCACCAUCGUGGACCCGGUCAGCUUCAUGUUCUGGAAGGACGAAGCCUUCGGCCUGUGGAUGGAGCAGUGGGCCAAACUGUACGAGGACGAGUCUCCUUCCCGCAUGAUCAUCAAGUACAUCCACGACAACUACUUCCUGGUCAACCUGGUGGACAACGACUUCCCGCUGGACAACUGCUUGUGGCAGCUGAUCGACGACAUGUUCCAGCAGCUGGACGCUUCCUCUCAGCCGCCGCUCCUCCCGUAAACGUGAGCAGGACAUCUUUUCAAAUGGUUCUUUUUCCUCUUUCUUGCUUUUAACUGCACAUUUCAGACGGAUUUUCUAGUGUAUUUUUUUAAAUACUGCCCUAAAGCCUGAUCCAAGAAGGUAUUUUGAUGCCACGCCCCCUAGGAAGAAGACUCACUCCACUUCCAUGUGGCUAUAAAAGUGUUGCAAGUGCAGCUCUGCAUAACCGUGCUGAUGAGCAUGAAACACCAAUCGACAGCAGGACUACAGUCCACCCCCCCACACCUCUCACAUUCAGGCCUGGUCUGAAUGCUACACAUGCUACACGACCCCUUGAAAGUACUUGAAAUAAAUGUCAGGGGGUCCCCAUCCAAUAUUGAUAGGGAAUAUCGUUUCGGACGAUAUCAACUUGCAUUUAAAAUCUCCGAUACGAGCGAUCCUGCAGCGUUUUUAUGUUUACAUUUAAAUGUCUUUCAAUGAGCACACCAUUUCUUCAAUUUUAUGCAAGUCAUUUACAAAAGGUAAACAUGGUAGGCUGUAGGCUACUAGGAGCUAGCAGCUACACAACAGCCAAGCACACGUCAAUAAUGGAACAGUAUUGCAGUCUAAAACAGUACAUUUGUCAAGAGAAACAAGUUUCAAAUAAUCAUAGACUUACACAGGCAGUAUUAGACAGUAUCGUGUCCGCAUCAUUCAAGUUACUGCACCAUGAACUCCAUGUUGCCAAAAAUAAUGACUGCUUUACUUCAACUUAAAACCAACAAAAGUUUAGAUUAUUGUUUUUCACAUUGUUCUUUGUGGUCAGUUCCCUUGAUCAAACCUUUUCUAAUUUUCUGGAAUAAAUGCACAGCAUUUAUUUAUAUGACACAAUCCAAACAACCUUCCCUAGUCAUGGUGCAAGAAAAAAACAUGCAAUUAACAUAAAGGUCAACACAACACAAGCUGCUCACUAUAAAACAAAUGUAACUUACACACAUUUGAAUCCAUUAGAGUGCAUGAUGGGAAAAAUGUCAAACUCUCUCCACACUUAUUCAUGUUUAAUGCAUUUAGCUGCUUGAACAUGAAUAAGUGUGGAGAGAGUUUGACAUGUUUCCCAUCAUGCACUCUAAUGGAUUUAAAUGGGUGUAAGUUACAUUUUUUAUAGUGAACAGGUUGUGUUGUGUUGACCUUUAUAUUAAGUCGCAUUUUUUUUUCUUGCACCAUGACUAGGGAAGGUUGUUUGGAUUGUGUCGUAUAAGUAAAUGCUGUGCAUUUAUUCCAAGUACUUUCAAGGAGUACUUGAAGCUGCUUUAAGGAGUCCCAAAAGUCAAACACACAUCUUAGUAUGAAUUAUAGAUCUAUGAUAUGAUGUAGUAUGUACACACAACAUCAACCUUACAUGUUUUCGGCCCCCGGCCAAAUUCUUUUAGUUUUUUUUAGUCACAGAAGUUUUAUAGUGCAUCAAUUUGCCUGAAAUGUUAAAAAGACAAGAAGCCUUAAAUAAACUGUAAACAUUUUUUGACCGACUUGAAUCAUUUGAGAGUGAAGAAUCAAGUGAAGAAAACAUUCAUAUUGAUCCCAAUAUAUCAGACCAUUUGUGCAGAUUAUCCAUCAACGGUGUUAAAUGUUGAAGUCCUGGCCACACUCGGCAUGUUGGCAAGCAUGAUACUGAUAAAGCUUGUUCCCUGGGGUCAAACUAAAGGAUUGAAGUCAACUUUUUAUUAUUUUUUACAAACAUUAUUUAUUUGUGCUGUCCGGUCACAAUCAAUGGCUCUCUUUCAUUUUUGUGUUGAAUGUCUUUUCAUGAAGGAGCGCCUUUAAACAAGGAUGGAGGGAAAACACUAAGUUGGGGCCCUCAGCAAAAUGUUUUGGAGGGGCCAAAUGUUCUUACAUUUUUGUAUUCAUGUGAAAAGAUGAUUGGAAUAAAACAUGAUGUGGGCGGAACUCAAA